AUGACGAAUAGCCUAAUUGCUACUAAUGCGGAUGAAUAUUUCUAUACAAGAUAUGAACGCAGUUAUUUCGGCUAUUCAGUGCUGUUGCAUCAUGACUCGUUGCGGAAUUCUUCAUGGCUGUUCAUAGGAGCACCUCGAGGAAAUUAUUCGCAGCCAUCGCAUGAUCGAAUGAAUUUUUUAAACGAACCUGGUGUGGUUUAUCGGUGUGAUUUGCCGGGCCCGUGUAUUGAGAUCAAACCUGCUGUUGUCAGGGAUGAAGAAAUAUAUAUAAGUCAACUUGGUUUGCGCGCACAUAUAAGGAAGAAGUAUUCCUGGUUCGGUGGUGCAAUGUCGAUAGAUAGAAACAGUGGUUUUUUCACGAUAUGCGCACCACGAACAAUUAUGAGCAUUAUACUCAAGGGGAAUAAUUACGUGGAAACUAUGCAGGGCAUGUGCUACAGCAAUCAGAUGUUGUCGACAAGAUUAGAUGCAGAAAUGUCUGAAAUUGAAUAUUUUGAUUACAGCAAAGAUGCAUGGUUUGAUCCAAUCCAUGGUUUCUCCGUUACCUUUGGAUCACUGCAGGGUGAAGGAGCAAUAAAUCGUAUCGUAGGAAGACCAAAUGACGAUAUCAGCGGCAGCAUCAAUAUAGCAUAUUUUGCGAGACGUAAUUUUUUUCAGACAUAUACGGAAACUGUACAUAUUCCAGUAAACGACAACUUAUCGCAGUUUGGCUACGCGGUAACAUCGGGAUACUAUUUUGACCGAAAUAAACUUCUUUAUGCUUGCGCAGAUCCAGGAUGGGACUAUGUGGGACAGGUCGCUAUAGUUAAUCCGGAUAAAAAUUCUAUGAUCACCCGUCUUUGGGGCACUUACAUCGGCGAAUUUUUCGGAGCGAGUUUGGCUACGGGUGAUUUAAACAAGGACGGCCUGCAUGAUCUCGUAAUCGGAGCACCGCAUUGGGGAAACGAUAACGGCAGAGUCCACGUGUAUUUAGGUAGUCCGAAGGAAGAAUUCGAGGCAAUCACCAUUUUGGAAGGCCUUAGCGAGGAUGCGCUCUUCGGUUAUGCGGUAGCAAGCGGCGAUUUAGAUGGAGAUGGAUUUAGUGACAUUAUCGUGGGUGCACCCUGGGAGGAAUCUGGAGUAAUUUACAUUUAUAAUGGCGAUGCAAGUUUAAAGGACAAAGUAAGACCUCUCGUGUCGCAAAGAGUCAUAAUGCAAUCAGGUCGUAAUCUUCCGAAAGGAGUGGAUAUACAAACUUUUGGAUUUUCGAUAUCCGAACCAAUCGAUAUAGAUAACAAUGGGUAUGUAGACAUCGCAAUAGGCGCGUAUAAAUCAGGACAUGCCGUGGUACUUCGAAGCAAACCAGUCGUAAAAACAAAUUUGACCAUUUACACUGUUCCGAGUACUUUACAAAGAAACAUCAGCGAUUUUUUCAUUAGAGUGUGUGUCGAUUAUCACGGCUACGACAUAGCAAAUACACGUGCUUUCAAGAUUUCCCUUAUUGUGGACAAGAGAUAUAAACGUACCAAGAAGACUUUAUUGGAAUUAUUCUCAAUGGAGCCUCCCGUUCAUAUGUGUGUAAAUACCAGUGUUACACUUUCGGACAAUAUUCAAGACUUUAUCGAACCAAUCGCUAUUUAUGCAACUCACAAUUUUACAUAUAACGAUUCGUCUGCGUCUGAAUUCUGCAAGGUAUGUCCUAUUGAGAGUAAAAGCAGUAAAUCGAAAAGUACGCAAACGCUUUUGCUUCCCUUCGAUAUUGGAUGUGGAGAGGACAGAGUUUGCAAUUCCAAUAUAUCUGCAACAGUAAAAUUCGCGGGAGUCAGGGAGAAUAAUUCAUGGGUGAUUGGCUCUAAUGAUAUUACUUUCAAAAUACACGUGGAGAAUCGAGCUGAACCGGCGUAUCUUAUGAUAAUUGUAAUUAUCCUCCCGGAAGGUAUAAUAUUACGUAGUAUUUUACCAUUUUGCGAAGAGGACACAGAUGGAGAUAACUUGAAAAUUAUUUGCAAUGUCGGUAAUCCGCUUGGAAUGAAUGAACAGAAAGUUGUAAAAUUGGAUCUGGAUAUGAAGCAUUUAACUGACAGUUUAUUGCACGGACAUAUUCUGGAGUUCAAUACGGAAAUACAAACUCGUAGCGUAAAUCAUGGCACCCAUAUGAUUAAAUCUUCGCUUACUUUACUUAGUGAGGCGUCUUUAUCAAUAAAUGGGAAAACGCUUGAAGAACGUUAUUAUUUACCUAAUUUGGAUCAGGAUCAAUUAAAUAUAACGUUUCAGCAUACUUAUCAGAUCCUAAAAUUCGGUGCAACGUCAAUAGACGAGGCACGUCUUACUGUUAAAGUACCAGCUGCCACAGAAGACACAGGUUCUCUAGUAUUCUUAUAUAAACCACGGAUAUUUAUAUCUGGAAAAUAUUACAACUGUAUAUCGAGCGGGAUAGAUCUAGUGGAACAAAAUUGGUUUCGAGAGGAGACAGCAUCUGAUUUGUACGCGUAUGAUUCGGAUAACGAAACACUACCAAAUAUAGCGCACGAUAUCUUCAAGAGAGAUGUGAACGAUCGUAUGAGCAUGACGAUUCGUAUGUUACAAUUAUUGUAUAAUGCGGGAACAGUGAAAUCAGAAGUAUCAAAUGGUAAUCUGACAGUACGAGAAAGUAACAUUGUAUAUUUGAACUGUUCAAUAUACGGUGUCAAUUGUUCGACGAUAUACUGCGAUCUCAGUAUGUUAAAAACACGUCAGGAUGUCGGCAGAUUAACGAUGAAAUUAAUUCUCAACGUUACAAAGCUCAAAGAUACUUUCAAACUAUCGGAUGAAAUAAAGAUCGUAAAAUUCAGUACGGAUGCUUACGUCGAAAUUAUACGCCCGGCAAAUAGGAUUUUCAGCGUAGACACUAGGCGUAAUAUAAAUCUUACGACAGAAUUGAUUAACACUGCAAAGACACAAAAACUGCAAUUAUGGAUUGUGCUUGUAUCAGUCUCGUUGGGUUUAAUAUUAUUAUAUAUUGUUAUUAUUAUACUAAGUAUGGCAGGUUUUUUCAAAAGAAUAACUAAGGAAGAACUAUCUGCUUUAAAGACGAAUGAGAUAACAGAAGAUGUGAAUAAAGUGGAAAUCACAAAUGUAUCAGAGUAGAUUUUGCAAAUAUAUUUACGUAAAUUAUUAUA